AGAAACCGUUGACUUAAUAGCUAGAAAGACGGAGAUUGUUCGACCUCGUGUGUUUCUUUCCAAAGGCAGGUGUCAGGGACAAAACGGUGCUGAGUUGUGCCAACCCCAACCGCCAGAACCCCCAAUCCAAACUCCUCGACACUCUCGCCGCAUGGUCUAUUGACGAGCCAAACAAGUCAGGUCCUCAUUGAAUUAUUUUCUGAGGGAGCUUUACGGCAAGAAUGACGUGAUGACGGUCCUCUUCCUACUUCCUCUGCUCUUCCUGGCGGUGCUGUCCACGCUCACCUCCGCCGCACCGGACUCGGACUACCACGAAGGCCUCGUCCUCCAACCAUUGCCGCAAUCCUCCCUGCUAGCUUCGUUCAACUUCCGCAGUAAUACGUCGCAAGAGUCCUUUGAACAGCGGCAUUUUCGAUACUUCCCUCGUGCGCUUGGCCAAAUCCUACAACACGCGAAUACCAAGGAAUUACACCUCCGGUUUACGACGGGAAGAUGGGAUGCCGAGAGUUGGGGCUCAAGGCCGUGGAAUGGGUCUAAGGAGGGCAAUACUGGUGUGGAAUUGUGGGCGUGGAUUGAUGCUCCGGAUGAUGAUGGGGCAUUCGCGAAAUGGAUCACCUUGACCCAGUCCUUGUCAGGUCUUUUCUGUGCGUCAAUGAACUUUAUCGAUUCUACUCGAACUACACGGCCAAUCGCAUCCUUUGAGCCUGCUGCCCAUCAUUCGUCUAGUCAACUGCAUCUUCUCCAUGGGACGCUUCCGGGUGAAGUUGUUUGUACGGAGAAUCUCACCCCUUUUCUGAAGCUUCUUCCUUGUAAGGGGAAGGCUGGUGUCUCUAGUCUAUUCGAUGGACACAAAUUAUUCGAUGCGUCAUGGCAGAGUAUGGCAGUUGAUGUGCGUCCAGUCUGUCCUGAAUCUGGCGAGUGUAUGGUGCAGAUUGAACAGACUGUUGAUAUGGUGCUUGAUAUUGAUCGAUCGAAACGACCACGAGAUAACCCGAUUCCACGCCCGAUCCCUAAUGAGCAACUUGUUUGUGACACUUCUAAACCCUAUGACGCCGAUGAUACCUGUUAUCCUCUGGAAAAUACUGCAGAAAAAGGCUGGAGUCUACAAGAGAUCUUUGGACGUACUAUCAGUGGUGUCUGCCCUCUCACAGAGGAUGAGAACCCAGGCAAAGAGACAGUUUGUCUUCGAGUGCCGCAUGAAAGAGGGGUUAUCACUUCUCCUGGGGCGUCCGAAACCAGGAACCCCGAUGGCCUUUCCCGCUGCUUUAACUUGGAGCCAUCAAGCCCAUUUGACUUAAUUAUUCCUGAGCAGGAAGCUCUCACCCAGGUGCCGCUAGAUGAGCCAGCCCUAAGCGCCGAGCGGACGAUUGUUGGUCAUGGUCAGGAACGCGGCGGCAUGCGAAUCAUUUUCGACAACCCAUCGAACUCAAGCUCAGUCGACUUCAUUUAUUUCGAGACCCUGCCUUGGUUCUUACGACCCUACGUGCACACAUUACAGGCGACCAUAAUCGGCCGUGAUGGUAUCCGUCGCUCAGUCCCGGUAUCCCAAAUCGUCAAAGAGACCUUUUAUCGUCCAGCCAUUGACCGCGAACGUGGUACGCAACUCGAACUCGCUUUGUUCGUCCCCGCCGCUUCAACCGUGACAUUGACAUACGACUUUGAGAAAGCCGUCCUGCGUUACACGGAGUAUCCCCCCGACGCCAACCGAGGCUUUAACGUUGCGCCUGCAGUAAUCAGACUCUUAGGGCUGCGGGACCAAGCCCAGUCAUACGAAUAUUACUCCCCCGUCUACAUUCGCACGACAAGCCUUCUUCUUCCCCUACCGACGCCGGAUUUCAGUAUGCCGUAUAACGUGAUUAUCCUGACGAGUACUGUCAUCGCGCUUGCUUUUGGGAGUAUCUUCAACUUGCUGGUUCGUCGUUUUGUUGCAGCGGAUGAGGCGGCUGCUCUCACAGCGCAAACCUUCAAGGGAAAGAUCUUUGGUAAAGUUGUCGCGUUGCGGGAUCGUAUUAAGGGGAAGGGUUCCAAGGUGGAGUAGCAUACUAUAUGUAAUAUAUUAUAGCAGCUCAAUUUCAUGCAUUAAGUACAAACAAGU